AUGUUCGCCUCUGCGCGACUCUCGGCAUUGCUUGGUUUUCUCGCCGUCCUCAUGUCCCUCCCAACCCCUGCCUUCGCCUUCAGAUGGGUCAACAAUGUCAACUUCACAUCGUGCUACAACGAUGUUGUCCAAAAUAUGACCCAGAACUGCAGCGACACGGCAACCCAGUACUGCGACUAUGACAACGGCGUGCUCAACAACCCGGACCGCAUCUUCCUCACCUUCCAAGGCUGCGAGAGGCUCUGUGGCGAUGGCUACGGAACCUGGGCCAUCUCCGACAUCCUCCUCCGUAUCACGCUCUGGGUAACGCCGGCUAUCAUCCUCCUCGCCCACUACCACUUCCCGCCGCUGGGCCCUGGCAACUAUGGCGCCGUCAUGGUGCAUAUUCUCGGCGACCCGAUCGACACGCUCUGGUGCCUCCUGAUACGCAUCACGGUGCGCCGCCGCCUGUUCUUGAAGGCCCAGCAGUAUAAACUGCUAAGCGCCGGGGCCAUCGCAACCAUCUGGUCGGCAUACGACGAACUGAAAUUCCACGAUGAUCCCCACGAGCACUUCAGGAGAGCGCUCACAAGGCUGCGGACUGAGGAGUUCGUCGUCACUCGCUCGGCCCCCACCAGCGGUCAUCAAGUAGGAGACAGAGUACGCCUCCCGGCCGGCUUCCUGCAGGUCCCGCCUGAUCGGGGAAUGGGCAUGUUUGGUACUUCGAGGUCGCUAGACGCGGACAAGACGUUCUUCGCGCGUAUCGAUGCCUAUUUUGUCUUCCUGCUGCAGUCUCUGGUGUUUAGUCUCACGGGGCGGGGGCGGCGCCCUGACACGACCGACGACGUGGGCGGCCUCCCAAACUAUUUCCAGGAAUGGCACCGAGCCAUCCGGGAGCUGGGGGAAGACGAGCGCCCCGUGCUGUACCACAUCGAGCUCGCGGCCCAGCGCCUUGUCUUCAACCGGGACGAGUCGCAGACGACGACGUGGAUAUCCAUUGUUGGCCUCGCGUCAGCCUUGAUGGGCGCCUUUGUGCGCACCUGGACCAACAGGCUCGAAACCCAGACCUCGCACACCAUCGCCACCGUCGCGCUUCUUCUCUUUGUCGUGCCCAUCAUCAAGCUGAGCGGAAGCCUCGGCGCCUUCACGUCGUCGUCGGCGGCGGCCAACAUUAUCCAGGAGCUGCGCCAAGAACUGCAAGAGCACUUUGGCUUUGACGACGGUCUGUUUCCGCCCCUCAGGAUCCCGAUUCUGCCCGACACUAUAGAACCGGGCAGGAGAAGGUAUUCCAGGGUCGGGGACAGCGAGGACGUUCCUCUCACCCACUUCAGCGGCGGCAGCUCCAACGGUGGCGGUGGGGCUGACGCGGUGCCCCUCUUGCGCUCAGAGCUAAGCGACGACGACAAGCAGCUCAUUGACUGGCCCAAGGUCGCCGCCUACUCGGGCAUGAACAACUCGUACCGGCCGCAGAAAUCAACCAAGCUGAUCCCAGCCCGCGUGUCCCUCUUGCUCUUUGUCGUCUCCUUUUUCUGGGUGGCGGCGCUGUGCUACACGCCGGCGCUGCUCAUCUCGUACAUGACGCCGCUCCGGGGGUUUGCAUGCCGGUCUCUGGCGUGGACAGUGGUGGCCAGCUGCUGGUUGGUCAACACGGGCAUCAACUACGUGUGCGCGCUGACGCUGUUCCCGUACGAUGCGCGCAACGAGCACCACCCGAUCGAGGCGCGGCACCAGACGGCGUGGACGGCGCGGCGGGAGCUCCUGCUGUGGCGGACGACGUGGAUGCGCGACGCCUUGUUCACGGGCUUCAUCACGCUCAUCAUCGUAGCGCAGCAGCUAGGCCUAUACAACAGCUGUUGGUGCCGGUCCGGUGAGCUGUCGCGGCUGACGCGCGACACGCCGAGCUACGUCAACCUGACGCCCUUCACCAACGAGGAAUGGAUAUCAGGUUGGUUUUUAUGGGUGCCCACGCCCUUCACGGCGUACCUGCUCAGCAUCGCCGGCAUCCUCCUGGUCGAGAUCAAGUUCUCCAAGUCGUCGAGCAUGAUGGGCAAGAGCAACAAGGAGCGCGAGAAGAUGUUACUGCACCUGAGGAUGUUAGACACUUCCCGCGCACGCCAGCCGCCGACACAGCAGGCGACACAGCAGACGACGCAGCAGGCAGCCGGCGCGGCAGGUAAUAUUGGCCAUUAUUACGGGGCCCAGGCAGUUCCAGUCACGGCUCAACCAGACCGGAUUAGCCAUUAUUUGCUAAAUUUUAAGUCGGUGUCGCGGUUGCUGCCUGCGUGA